GAGAGAGAGAGAGAGAGAGAGAGAGAGAGUAAGAAAGCAAAAAAAGAGGAAGGUGCUUAGAAGAGGCAGGGAUGCCCGGUGAAAAGCAGAGAGUCGGGGGUCGGGCUUAACCCAGGCAUUUGGGGAGGGGGGCUGGAGGUGGAACACGACUCAGCCGACCGCAGCCGCUCUGGCUAGGGCGUUAGGGCGCCAGGGUGAGAGGGUGAGGAUGCCCUGCGGGCUUUCGCACUACUCUGACACCAAACAGAAUGGCUAGGCUCCGGUGGUGAAGUAAAAGUUCCCGGUGGCGUGAAGGCCGUGGAUAGCCACCUUGCCCGUGCACGGAGGCUGUCUGGGGAAGCGGCCUCGAGGGCUGGCUGGACUGGGUGGAAGCCCUCGCAGGGGGUCCUACGGCUCUAGCUUUUGUACCGCCCCGCCUAGGCCAGUCCGGAGCUGACGCACCAGCUCCCCAGAGACGCUGGGGGCGUCGCACUGCAGCUGGGUGGGGAGCAAUUUAUUCCUGGCGGUCACAUCCCACCCCAUCUUCUGUUACUCCACCCUACCCCUCCCACCCCUCCACCUCUUCCUCCUCCUUUUCUACCAACGCCCGCACUGUCUUCUGGUUCUUCUCCUCCUCACCCUCCACUCUCCCUCUCUCCCUUCUUUUCUUUUCUCCCUUCCCCUCCCCCUCUUCUGAAUAACCAAGCUGUUUUGCCUCCGAAAGGAGAGAGAGAGAGAGAGAGAGAGAGAGAGAGAGAGAGAGAGAGAGAGAGAGAGAGAGAGAGAGAGAGAGAGGCCUGCGGUGACUGGAAGACAGGAAGGAAUCUGGAUCUGGUACAUCUGGGAGUGGAAACUUGAUGCUUCUGGGCGGUGAUUUGCCAAGGCCUCGCCAAAGACGCCUAAAGGAGCCUGUUUGUGUGCUGUGGCCACGUUCUGCUGUGACUGGAUCUUGUCUUCUGCCUGGCUCCUCGAUUUCCGUCCGGCUGAAUUUGGGGACAACACUGCUUGGCGCAGACAGAUCAAAUGAGACUUCAAAGAAGCAUAUCCUGAACAAGCUAUUCAAUCAAACAAAGGCCGGGGCAGCAGUACGCCAGCAAGACGCAUCUUCUCCCCGCCUAGAAGUCCUGAGAAAUCGAGGAUCUCCCCUAAAACAUUCAUAUACAAGAUAUGUGCAAUCAAGCUGCCAGCACUUGGUACAAAGCUCAUGAUGCCUAACCCAGUGAUCCGGAGCAGAUCUUUGAAUCAGCUGUCACUUCUAUAGAAUGGGAUUUUCCCCUUCUUCCUCUUUAACCGGCGUUGGAAACUGCCUAUGGCUUUACACAUCUCAGUAGAGGAAGGCUAAAGAAUCUUACGUGAGAAUGAAGCAAUUUACAAUGCAAAUAGAGGCCUGCGAAGAGCUGGACGCUGCUGCUCAACCCCCAACAGCUUGCUGCACCUUAGUCGCUGGUCUUAUUUUCCGAUACUAAUAGACGAAUUGUUGGCUAACGAUGCUGGAGAUUACUUGCUGGAAGGGGAAAGAAAAAGUUUGGAAUAAACUCUGAAUGCAACAGAUCUCAUUUGGAUGUUCUAGCCGCAUACACCCAGACAGAAACCAGGUCAUGUUUACAUGAAAGGAGAAUCUUAAACGCGGCGAAUAUCCUUCCCUGAGGACUAUGCUUCCCCCCAAACCAACGAGGAUCCGGAUCUGGAGUCCAGCCAGAGGAAGACAGCCUGUGAGGGAAGCGAGUUGUUAUCUUUGGUUAUCUAGCUGUAUGAGUGUAUUGGUCUUCAUAAAGCUAGAUAACCGAAAGUAAAAACUCCUUCAAGAUCACCGAGGAGUGCUCCGGAAAGAAAGACUACAGCCAAGAGACAGUAAAAACCAGAAAGGUCAGGAAUGCUUAUUGAAUCUAACUUUUUUUUUCUUAUGGUUGAAAGUGGGAUGCAAGGAAACUUAAGUGACACACAUACUGAAAUCCUAAGGGGCCAGGUUUUGAGGGGGUUGUACAACUGGAGAGGAAAAUUGUGUGGUAUUUUUAUGGGCGAAGAUGCAUGUAUUUUCUAUAUUGUUCCAUUUUGAAGCAAACGUUUACUUAUGGGAUUUUUUUUUUUCUUAGAAAGCUGUUAUAGCGAUGCCUGGUACCUCGUUUUAAAAAAUGAUUUCAUAAUUAUGUAGAUUGGGCAGUUCCCAUCUGAGGCUCCUCCCCCAAGUUUGAAUGAAGCUUGUGCCUGGAAACUUUCUAUGUAUUUGGUGUGUACAUCAAAUUCUGUGAAGUUAGACUUUCAGAAAGCUUAUACUGGGAGGUUAAUAAUUUAUCUCUACCGAGGACUUAGAGCUAGCAGGGAAAAGGGGUGGGGGCAAAGGCUGAUUUUUAUUCUUCUAUUCAAAAUACAAGGACAGAUGCUUCUCUGUUCCAAGAGGGUUUCCUUGAGGAAGCUACUGAAGCAGAAAGACAUGAUGGAGACGAGAUCGCCUCCCCUCUUGUCAAAGUGUUAAAAAAAUGUUCUGUCUUACUCUGCGCCUAGCAUUGGAAAUGAAAGUGACAUUUACGCCACAA